GCUAAAGCCGACUUAACCUGAAUGUCUUUGCGUAAAUCAGGACUUCAAAAGGAGGUUCUCAGCUUAUAUCGACGCGCGCUUCGUAUGGUCAGGAGCAAAUCCUCCGCCGGUCGGCCCAAAUUCUCUCUUUUUAUCCGAUAUACGUUCCGAACGAACGCGACGAGCAUAUCGCCAAGGAACGUCAGCGCCAUAGAACAUCUUUUGAGAAAGGGAAGAAGGCAACUAGACUUGUACGAAUCUCCGUCCGUGAAAGACUGCUGGGUGUCGGAGGAGAUGAAAACAUGGGAUCGAACACAGAGACUACCUGAAAAACAAUCUGCCACUCUCGAUAUAUAUGCUCUGAGAUACCCUACUUUUACCAGAGGAAAGCGCAAACGCGCUUCCUUUGAGAUUCCUGUUUGUGCAGUGCGUUCAGAAUAUCUAUCCAAAUAUGGCCCCGGUUGCGGUAUGAGCUCCUCAUCAGUAUUUCUACUCAUGUCGUCGGUGUCCCUGUGGCUUCAGGCUGAUCAACGUUCUGUGAGAGGGAAGUAGAGUCGCUGUCUUGUUGUUCAGGA